AUGCCGGAGGCUAAAAUCGAUAGUGAAUCUGUUCAGCAUGAUGAACAUCGUCAAAAUUCUCAUACUCUCUCAGGACGCCGACCAUCGAUUGCUGCGCAGCUGACCAAUCCUCUAACGGGAAUGGACGAUGAGGACGUUCUGCUCGACGUCGAGACUUGGACCAAAAAGCGCGGGCUCGAACACGAGCUCAACACAUUCCGUCGGGGUGCCCUGCUGGCGCGUGUGAUCAACACGCCGGGCGCAUUUGAGCACAUCGAUCUUCCCAACGACGAGAAAGAGGUUUUGAGGCGCGAACAGUCUCACAAGUGGAGUCAACCCUUCAUGUUGUACUUCCUGGUCGUUCUUUGCGCUGGUUCCGCUAUCGUUCAAGGCAUGGAUCAGACCGCCGUCAACGGGGCUCAAGUUUUCUACUUCCAGGAGUUCGGCAUCACUGAUCCAUGGUUGCAAGGGCUGCUCAAUGGCGCUCCGUACCUCUGUUCUUGCCUCAUCGGGUGCUGGACUAAUGCACCGCUGAACAAAAUUUUCGGCCGCCGAGGCACCAUCUUCAUUUCCUGCACCAUAUCCUUCCUCUCUUCGUUUUGGAUGGCCGCCGCUCAUACAUGGUGGAACCUCUUGAUUGCGCGCUUUGUUCUCGGCUUUGCGGUUGGCGCGAAGAGUAGCACUACGCCGGUGUAUUCUUCCGAGUGUGCACCGAAAGGCAUACGCGGUGCGCUCACUAUGCAAUGGCAGAUGUGGACUGCAUUCGGCAUUAUGCUAGGAUUUGUGGUGAGCGUUGCUUUUCAAGAUACGCGACCGAUUACAGGCGCAGAGACUGAGCCUUGGCGGUGGAUGCUGGCGGCGACAGCGAUUCCUCCCAUGAUCGUCAUGGCUCAGGUAUACCUCUGCCCCGAAUCGCCCCGCUGGUACAUGAGCAAGGGCAAGUUCGACAAAGCAUUUGAUUCAUUCUGCCGACUUCGAAACCACAAGGUCCUCGCCGCUCGGGAUAUGUACUAUGCUCACAAGCUUCUCGAGGUCGAGGAGUCCCAGCGUGCGGGCAAGAAUUUAUUCAAGGAAUUCUUCACCGUUCGUCGCAAUCGUCGCGCCGCGCAGUCGGCCUUCUUUGUCAUGUUCAUGCAACAAUUUUGCGGCGUUAAUGUGAUUGCAUACUACUCGACCCAGAUCUUUAUCGAUUCGGGCUUCGAGCGCAGUCAGGCGUUGCUUGUGUCGCUGGGUACCGGUAUCGUCAAUUGGCUUUUUGCAAUCCCAGCAAUUUACACUAUCGACACCUUUGGUCGCAGGAAUCUCCUCCUUACUGGGUUUCCGAUCAUGGCUAUUUGCCUUCUCAUCACCGGCUUCUCAUUCUUCAUCGAACCGCAAGUUCAACCACCGGAGGUAUCCACCCCUCGCCUUGCCGGUGUGGCGACGGGAAUCUUCAUGUUCAUGGCCGCUUACUCCCCUAGCGAGGGUCCUGUGCCUUUCACCUACUCAGCCGAAGCUUUUCCUACCUACAUUCGCGACACCGGCAUGUCAUUCGCCACUGCAACCUGUUGGGGCUUUAACUUCAUUUUGUCUUUGACAUUUCCUGCUUUGCUUCAAUCGUUCGGCCCGCAAGGUGCCUUUGGCUACUACGCAGGAUGGAACAUUUUUGGCUGGGUAUUCUGCUACUUCUUUAUACCGGAGACAAAGAACCUUACUCUUGAAGAACUCGACACCGUGUUCAAUGUUGGAAAUCGCCAGCACAGCAAGUACUACCUUGACAAGUUGCCCUGGUAUUUCAACAAGCAUGUCUUACGUCGCGACGUAGAGCCCGUACCUCAACUGUAUGAGUUCGGCGACGAGCGCACAGAGCAAGCGCUCUCGGGCACCGAAAAGCUCGCGACGAGACAACUUUAG